CACAGCUCUAGUAGACAUGUACAACAGCAGUCACAGUGUGGAACAGUUCCUCCACAGCCCUGAUGUCAUGAUUCCACUGUAUGCCACCAAUAUUGAAGACCCUCAGGAAGAACUAUGCUUCUCCUUUGACAUUGAUGGCGUUGUCCUGGAAAUUUCUGCACUGGCUGCAAUAAAAAGUAGUGUCCACUACUUGAAGAUGCCACAUUUUGAAAGCAGGCACCUGAUCCACAAAUUCCACCACCUGAAGAAACACCUACCGCUUCAAGGCCUCAGUGGGAAUGCAAUGAAGUGUCUGCGCGCUAUGCUUGGAGUCACCCUUGGCCACGUGGAUGGGGGCUACUUCUUGGACCUGGCAGCAGUACCUAGGGACCUGAAACAACCCGACAUGCGCCUAGCUGACGAAAAAUGGCUUCGAGAGGUUGUAUUGGAAAUCCUCAAUGCCAUCCGAGCCGAUUUUGUGGCCAAGCUGAGAGCAUUGCCAGUGAGAGAGAAGAGCCGUCCCACCAUCCAGAAGAACUCACUGUGUCAGCUGGACAAAAUGAACAUUCUGGCGCAAGACCAGGAGUUCAUUCUGCAAAUCCUGGAUACCUGCAUUCAGAGGACAGUGGAUAGCCACCACUUUCGUAUUAUCGUGACUCUGCAGAAAUACGGCAUGAAGGACCGGAGGACCAUCAACGUGGAGGAAAUUGUUGACACCGCUCACAUAACCUCCAUGUCUGUUCACGCAGCAUGCAACAUCAAGGCCAAGGACCAGAACGUUGCCAUGUUGUGGUCAAGAUCUGGCCUGCAAGACUUGGUGGGCGUGCGAGGGAGCCUCUUCACAGCCAUGGGGAUGCAUGAGGCUGUGAAUUUUCAAACAUGCACUGACCAUCGCAUGAUGGACAUCAGCAGGGAACUGCGUCAAUUGUGUGUCCCAGCUUCCAUCAUCUUUCUCCAACUGUAUGUGGACUCACCCCACCUUCACAUCAGAAACCCAUUCAAACAUCCAGUGAGUGGAGUAAUUGCCACCUGUGGACUCUCUCAUCCGCAGUUCUGGAAGGCCAUGACGUCAAGGGCCAUGGGAUACCUAGACCACAUGGAGGAUCUGGCAGAAAAGAUGCUGUGCCCAUUUGUCCUGAGAAUGGAGCAGGUGGCUGUUUUUGGUGGAUCACAAGGCAUUCCAAGUAUGCUGGUCCCAGCAGAGUUCUUCUCCCUCAGGAAGGUGAGGUACUUCUUUUACAAAAAUCCAGUGGUUAUUCCUAUUGGAAGAGCAGAAGAUGGCCUUACCCUGAUGGAAAUCCUCCACAAUGUUGUCAUAUUCCUGGUGAGAUCCCUCAGGCAGCUUUUCAACCAGCACGCCAACGUGGGAGGGUACAAGCCCAGCUGGCAGGCCUUCCAGUUUGAGUUGGCCCUGGAGGAGUUUUUCUACGGACAUCCCCUGUGUCACACUGACUACCAGCUCACUGUAAGCCUGGGCACCAGCUCCACAAACCCCAACAGCCUGACAAAUGAGAGAGGUUUCCUUGGUCUUGCGCCGUACAACAGCGCAAGUGUCGGAGAGACCUCUCCUCCACUGCGACACUGGACCCGAGAUGACCUCCAGGUGACCAGGAUUGAAAGGCUGUUCCCUCUCUCAAACACCCUUGAAGCUGAGCCACCAGUUAUAGGAGCUGCAUUGGUGUUUGUCUUGCUGGGGGACCUCUACAAGAGGAAUGACAGACUCUCAAUACCAAUGCUGCAAGGCCCACAGUGUCCUGGCACCCUCAAGGGCCAUGUCACCCUUGAGAAGUUUUGCCAAGAGCUGGCCACCAGGGAUGCAUUCCCUCCUCCCUGCACCUUCCGACGCACCAGAGAGCUUAUCACCAGAGCUGGCAAGGAUGUGAAAACCUGUUUGGAGUCUGGAUUCAUUGAACAUAACAUCAGAUUCUUUGCUGAUGUGAAGUUCAGGGACACCAACAAAAGCAAGCGCAUCACAUGGAAUUUCAAGGAUUACGUGGAGGUCCAUCCUGAUGAUCAAGCGCCGUCCCUGGACAGCAGAGCUGCGUCCAUGGUAGGGGACAUUUGCAUUGAGAUUGAGAGGAGAGAUCUCACCUACCCCCGUAACACUGAGCGCUACAGGGAGCAUGGAAUGCCCUGGCUACUUGCCGUGAUGAGACGCCUGCCCGCCACUCUGGGGAAGGACAAGACAUUCAAGGUCCUGACAUUCAUCAGCUGUGUGGCCCUAGUCAUGAAUGGGGACUACAUCAGCUACCAACACCUGGCCACCUUGAUGAAGGAUAUGCAGAUGGCACAGUCCGAUCUCCAGAAACUGCAGAUCCAGUCACAGUUCCUCCUGCCAAAGGUAUACAAAAUGAGCAUCUGGAGGCUGCAUGACGCAAUACCUUGGAGGAUGGUUCUGAGGAGGAACCCGCCAGCUCUACCACCUCAAAAGAGGCCAGAGGAAGAGGUCAUUGAACAGCCGUAUGAAGAUGUUCAGGCAGUGGAUGAGGCAUAUCAACAUACUCCCUGCACCUCCAGGAGCAAGUUUCUGCCGGACACCAAGAGGACGGUUUGGUCUUCCAUGGAGAUGUCCUUCGUGAAUCUGGACACAGAGACAAACAUGGAAGAAGCUUAUAGGGACUACCUGGACAAAUGCAAGAGAGCUGACAUUCCAGCGAGGACCAAAACGUCCUUUAGGUUCAAACGGAAGAAGAUGACUGAAGAUGAUUAGCAUCAGGUGGAUUGUUGUUGGACUCCUCCACCGACCAGUCUCCAGAAUCAUUCUCAUGAGAGCCCCAACCUUAGGUGAACUGAAGUGGUCCACCACAGAGGGAGGACUCGAUAGCUACCUCGUCACACCGCAAGUGUCGGAGAGACCUCUCCUCCACUGCGACACUGGACCCGAGAUGACCUCCAGGUGACCAGGAUUGAAAGGCUGUUCCCUCUCUCAAACACCCUUGAAGCUGAGCCACCAGUCAGUGUCAGUCACCAGCCCC